CCGGGGGGGAUGCGGCGGGACUGCGGGGCUCGGCGAGAGGCGCGAUCACAGGUCGGAAGAGUCCUGGGUGCCAACCUGCUGUGACCCAAACCCCUCGUGGGAACGGCGAUGAGGAGAGCCGGGCUUACAGUGGCUCAUAAGUGCAAGCCCGAACGAGAAGGAAAAGCGAGGGGGUGCGAGGACUUUUGGAGAGAGGUCAGAGGGCACCAAGUUGUGCCUGCAGCUGUUACCAUAGUAACCGGGGACCGGAUGUGGCGAUUUUAGGACGCGACAAACCUUCCCGUCUCAGGCCUUCAGGCCCCUCGAACAGCCUGUUGACUCUAUGGCACGCCCCAUUGCCGCAGCCACGAUGCCGAAGCGAAAGAAGCAGAAUCCGCCGCCGCCGCAGCAGCCGCCGCAACAGCCUCCACUGAAUGAGCGGGAAGAGACUGGAGAUGAGGAAGAUGAGAGCCCCAUCGGACCACCCAGCCUUCUAGGCCCUCCCCCCAUGGCCAACGGAAAGCCUGGUGAACCCAAGUCAGCUCUUCACAGAGGCCCUCCAGGAUCAAGGGGACCAAUGAUUCCACCACUGCUGAGUCUCCCUCCUCCUCCCCGGGGCAGAGGCCCAAUUCGGGGAGGCCUUGGCCCCAGGUCUGGUCCUUAUGGUCGUGGAUGGUGGGGAAUUAAUGCUGAACCUCCUUUUCUGGGGCCAGGCCAUGGGGGUCCCUCCAGGGAAAGCUUUCACAAAGAGCAGAGAAACCCUCGAAGGCUCAAAAGCUGGUCUCUUAUCAAGAAUACCUGCCCACCUAAGGAUGGCCCCCAGGUUAUGGAAGACAAAUCCAGCCGCCCUGUCUGCCGACACUUUUCCAAAAAGGGUCACUGUCGAUAUGAAGACCUCUGUGCCUUCUACCAUCCAGGCGUCAAUGGACCUCCUCUGUGAGACUGUGCCUUCCCACCCAGACUGGAAAGAGUCCUCUGACCUAGUGGCCAUGUAUUUCCCUGUGGCCCAGUGACAGCUACUCCGAGGCUCUUCCACCCAGCACCCCCAGACCCAUCCACCACCACCUCCAUUUGGAGUCCAGAAUUGUGUUUCCUCACCAGUGCACAGUGCACGCUGACUCUGAUACAGGCUCCAGAGACUCACCUUCAGGACCCCAUCUUGCUCCCUUCACCCGGAUCUUCCCCUUCGCCAAAUGACUGCUUCACAGGAAACCUUUGGUGCUCUUUCUUGUGCAUCUGUCCACCUGUUCCCCAGUAUUGCCCUCAAUUCCUAAGAGCCUUGGAGCAGUUUGCUAUCCCCUCUAGCUGGUUGUCCUCUUUAUGUGGUACCCUAAUAUUUUCAGCUCCUUGGGAAACUUGCCAGGUUGUCUGGCUGACACACAGCUGCUUCCUGAACAGCCAUCCCCCUACUUUUGGAUUUCGUAGUUUCUCUGUCAGUAGCAUGAUCCCCACCACUGUGGUCUGUGAUCACUGUGCUUUGUGAAACUGUGCAUCCCCCUCGUAGCCUUUCUCAGUGUCCGUGACAUUUUUGUGACUUCCCAACACUAGAAUAAGUUUUUCUUGGUGCCCUCUAGCCUUUCCCUACCUCCCGACAUGGAAGAAUUGUGAAACUUCCCCCCAGAUUGUUCCCUGGUCCUCCCUCUUCUGGUGUUGGUUGUUUUGAGUCCGACAUGGACCAGUGAUGUCUUGUAAAGCCUCAGACAACAAGCCUUCCUCCCCAGCCUAUUUUGGUUAGGCUCUGUCAUGGCGAGGCCACCAGCCCUUUCAUUUGGAUUCUGUGAAUAUCUACCUGGCCUGUCUUUGGGUGGAACCUGGACAGCAUUGUCCCCUUCUUCCAACCCUCUUCCCUCACAUCCCUGGCACUGGUUGUUUUCUGUGAAAACGGCAGUGAACAGGUUCAGUUCUGAGCUGACCCUGAGGAAAUGGGUCAGGAGUUGUGUAGGCAAGAGGGAAGGAUGAGUGUUGGAGAACUGAGAAUGAUUUUUUUCUUUUUAACAUUUUUAUAUUAGUAAUAAACACAGUGUAAACAA